AUGCCCACCUGCAGGCGCAAGCGCGUCAUACUCACUGAACCCCCACAGUCCCUUCUCGAUGCCCUCAAAACCGACCCCACCAAAGAGGUUUAUUACCUUGCUCAGACUGGUGAGAUCUUUGAGACGUACGAAGCGUAUGCGGCCCGGAUGUCUUUCUACAGGCGGAAACAAUUCCAGUGUGAGGUCACUGGCAAGUCCGGCUUGGACUACUUUCAGGCACUGGAGAGCGAGCAGCAUGAAGCCCGUACGAUGCACUCCAGGUUCCCAGAGCCGCUCAAGGCUGCCGUCCUGAAAGCCGUCCAGUGGCAGGUCGUGGGCCGCCUUGACCACCUGGUGGAGGCUGUGUACGAGCGGUUUAAGGACAGGUAUUACCCCGAUGAAAGAGUGUUUAUUGACAUCCAGGGCGACAAGUACUUUGCCCGUGUAGUCCAAGUCUUCCCGCCGCGUCCCCAAGCUUCUACUUCCCGCACCAAUGGCCAAGCAUCUUCGUCCUCCUCCCCGCUCUCCGACGACGAGGCUAUGUCUAUACACAAGGUCGCUGAGGAUAUCAAGGUCCUCGUAAAGGAUGCAAACGCACGCGACGACCCUACACGCUACUAUUAUAAGGUCCAGAUCCUCGACGAAGACAAGAGUAACACGGCCAAGGCCAACGAGAAAAGCAAGGGCAAGGAGGCCACCAAGUCCAAGUACAGUGGUAGUCUUAUGGAUGUCCGCUGUACCGACAUGAGCCGUGACCGUCUCUCCUUCUCGAAGUCGAUCCUCCGCCGCUUCAUCAGGGAGUGCGUCGACCGUGACGCGGCUGUGGCGUCCCCGUGGACUGUCAAGCAUGCCAUAGCGACGCGGUAUGGCGUAGGCACCGUCAUGCCCGAGGCUAUCCGCAAGAACGUAGAGGACUUAAAGAAGGGCGAGAGCGACAAACGACGAAAGGCGUGGGAGGAGAAGGAGGGCCCACCCACGAAGAAGCAGAAGAAGCAAGCUGCUGCUGAAGAGGAGAAAGCGCGCAAGGAGCGCGAGGCUCAAGAGAAGGCCGAGCAGAAGGCAAAGGAGGAGAGCGAACGACUUGCUGCUGAGAAGAAAAAGAAGAAGCCUAUACGAUAUCCCACGGAAGACCUCGACGUUGUGAUUGGGGACAAGGAGAAGAAGGCAGGGAUGAAGCUCAAGAGACCUGCUGCAAGCCGCACCGGCAUGCCAUUUGGCACGGACCGUCUGGCUAAUGAGAAUUUCAUCAUGUCAUGGAAUUUCCUUAAUGUUUACGGCAAUCCACUGCACAUAUCAUCAUUCACGAUGGAUGAUUACGAUCAGGCUUUGCGUCAUUCUAUCACAGACCCGCAAUGCGCACUCGUCGCGGAAGUGCACUCGACACUAAUAUACAAUCUGCGUACCGUUCCCUUCACCCGACACAGUGCCGUUCUCUCCCUCAUAAACCUACAAGAUAAAAUCGGAAAGGAGGCCGAGGUGCUAGGUAUCGCAUUGUAUAUGCUCAUCGAGUCUGUCAGUGAUGUAGGGAAUAACUGGGAGCGUGCGCCGUUGAGGCACGGGGAGGGUCGCGACGGUUGGGAAGAGUCUCUCAUUGGCUGCUUGAAAGACCACGCCAAUCUCGAGAAUUUUCCCCGCCUGCCGGAGAUUCUCGUUCGUCUGUUAUUUGCGCCUUUCCCGACGCCGAAUCCGCCUACUGAAGGUGCCUCUGUACCUGCAACGCCGGCGACUAGUCCUCAACCAUUGCCCUUAUCCACGAGUGCCUCACCUAGAGAGCGAUACCACCUACUUCCGCCCACCGAUAAGGCCGCAAUUCUUGCAUUCCUCUGCAACCAAGCGAUAUCAAGCAAGGCUAUCCAUGCACAUAUGGAAUCUUGCGAAGAGCAGCUGACUGAGCUCCGGAAACAAAAGAUCGAGGUAAACCGCUCCAAAAAGCAGUUUAUCGAAGAGAUUGCAGCUCUACUAGGCGAGAACAAAGAUGGGGAGAAGAAUGGAGAGAAGAAGGCUGCGAACGGUGUCGGAGAUAACACUCCUGUCCACGAGUCCAGCGACCUCUCCGAUGCCCCCGGGUCCGACGGCGAGACAGAGACAGGCUCGUCGGCGCCCGGUGCACGAGCUAGCGCACGGCGGACACAGGCGACAGAGCGUCAGCUCGCGCGCGCAAAGCAGGCGUCACAGAAACAAGCUCUGGCGGAGUCGCGCCGGCUGGACGAGGAGGUGAACAAGUGCGAGCGGCGUCUGGAGCAGAUCGAACGCGACUUCCGGAAGCUGCUCGGUGCGGUACGCGUGAAACCGCUGGGCAGGGACCGGUUUUACAACCGAGUGUGGUGGUUCGACGGUAUGGGCUCCGCGUCGCUCCUCGGUACAGGUGGGAGCGUACAGUACGGCACCGGUAGAAUAUUCUUGCAGGGGCCGAGUGAGUUCGACAUGGAGAUACUCCAGAGAAGAGGUGAGGAAGUGGUGGCUAGGCGGAGGGAAGAGGAAGGUGACGAAGGAAUGCUUGAGGUGGGAGAGUGGGCGGUGUUUGACGAUAUUGAGACCAUCGAUGAGUACGUCGCCUGGCUGAAUCCCAAGGGCGUCCGAGAGCUUGCGCUCAAGAACGCCUUGGCCAAGUGGUGGCCGCACAUCGGUCCUGGCAUCCGCCGGCGUACAGCGGACCUCGCAUCGAAGAUGGUUGUACCAGAGGCACGGCGGAGUGCACGCACCAAGCACACGGGUUCGGAACUGAUUCGAGAGCCGUACAUGCAGUGGACGAACCGGCGGGCGGUGAAUGCAGCCUAGUCUGUCCGGCUAUUGGGCCACCCCCUAGAGUAGAUAUCACGAUAAUUACGUUUUCUGCACUUGAUCACAUUCUUUGGCUUUCAUCCAUGUAGAGAUCCGCUCUGGGUCUUCUCUUCUUAAUAUAAUGUACCAACCGGCGGUCGGAUCUAGCCCACUCCUAUGACAUGUCCAACGGACGUCUGAUCUCAUAGGAGUGGGAGGUGCUGUGCUCUUCGCGGCUCUUCGGUGAGUUUUCUAACGUUAUUCCUGACGUCCACUCUCGGUUGGGCCCCCUCUUGACCGCUGUCUCGGCCUUCCUUCAUCUUCGAAAGAUUGCUUCUAGAGGCCGGCCUUAUCUGCAACCAAGGCGAGCUCGAGUGGAGCCCACCCUCGCCCUCCACGAACGACUGACGACCCUAACGACCCACACGAUGUCCUCCUACCAAGGCUCCUUCGUCUUUGGCUCGCACUCGACCUCGGGCAUGCGCGAUGCCUUUGAAGCCUACCGCCGCUCGCAGCUAUAUUUCUCCGACUCAGUGUCCGUUUCCGCGACGGACGACGAAUGGGACGAUGUCUAUGACCGCGAGUCUGACGUCGAGGAUGAGGAUUACGGCUCUGACCGAGAUGUCGAGGAGCGCCUUCCACAAGCGGUCCAGUACGACCCGAACGCAGCCGUCGGCAACCUGCAGUGGGACGAAGACCUCCCGUCCGAGCCCUCGGCCGCCGCGACCGAUGCCCAACCUGGCCCGCGUCGGUAUGGGGUACACCCACGUUACACACGCCAGGGCACCGAAGACACCAUCGUACCUUUCAAUGCGUCGCCCAGGUUCGCGCACCCCGCAAGCCCUCGUAUGGCGCGCGAGAACACACCGCUUCUGCGUAAGGCUACAAGUCUGACCUUCGCGGAGCCGCCCCGUCCGAUCGCAGGUAACGACGUCCUGCCGAGCAUCGCGAUGCCCAUAGAGGGCCCCCCGCACACCCUGAUGCGUCGCGCGUCGCAGAUUAGCGCGAGAUCGCGCCGCGGGAGCAUGAGCUCAAAGGCAGUCCAGGCCGGGCAGAGCACCUUCGGGCAGACACUGUUCAACGCUAUAGCCAUCCUGCUCGGGAUAGGCAUGCUCUCCGAACCGUUAGCGUUCGCAUACGCGGGAUGGAUAGGAGGCAUGUUCCUCAUGAUAUUUUAUGGAUACAUUACGUGUUAUACCGCAAAGAUCCUGGCGCACAUCAUCCUGGACGAUGCGAAACUAAGAUCUUAUUCUGAUAUCGGCCGUAAGGCGUUUGGGCCACGAUCCAGCCCGCUCAUUAGUGCUCUCUUCUGUUUAGAGCUGUUCACAGUUAGGUAUGUGCAUGCGUAUGU